AUGGCCUUCAAGCAAGACGAACCUCCAGCCUACGGCCCUCCCCCGGGUGCCCCUCAACCUACAUAUGGCGGUUAUCAGCAAGAUCCGUACCAGCAGGGCGGCGCGCCCCCUCCUCAAGGCUACUACCAGCAAGCUCCUCCUCAGAUGGGCUACUACAACCAGCAACAAGGACCCUUUCCCGCUGGCCAGGGCCCCUAUCCUCCUCAGCAGGGUCCCUACGGCCAGCCUCCCCCUCAAGGCUAUUACCCCAACGAUGAUUCAAGAGGAAACGGUGGUGGCGGCGGCGGCGGUCUCAUGACCGGUCUUCUAGCUGGUCUCGCAUGCUGCUGCUGUUUGGACUGCCUUUUCUAA